UAAAACGCGGAUGUGUUUCAAAACGCAUAUGAAUAAGGGGCUAGUUUUCUGUAUUGUCCACUCUUCAGACGCCAUUUUUACACAGGUUACUCGUAACGAAAGAAAGGAACUGCUCCAAGAGCCUCUUGGUGCUGGGUGGCAAGGGUUAAAUGCGCCGUCUCUCUGCCAUUGGGCGGUGAGACUACGGAGAGCCAGCCAUCUGCAAGGAAAGCAGCUGUCGCCUUCACGCAAGAGACGUUAGACAUCAGUGAACGAAAACAGUGUGGAUUCACGCCAAUACUUGUUGAUUUGUUUCCAUAAACAAAAAGCGGAGAGAUAUGUGUAAGUCUGGAGAACAACGAGCUGCUGCCUACUGGCUUUAUUUUAACGGUGACGCUUCUGCGUUUUUCCCUAUUUAAUUGCUUAAUUUCACACCGCUGUCAGCAAUGAAUCUUCACAGAUUAAGCUGUACGGUCGGGGUCCAGCCGACGUUGCACUUAACACUUUAGUUACAAGCUCAAAUAAAAUGAAACAGCCCAGAGAACCACUGGUAACACCGCCUGUCCCAUGGCCAAAUUCAUAAGGUAGUCUGCACAAAAACAAACAAAAAAAAUGGAUAAACCCUCCGCAGGAAUGAGUAAAGUUGGUUCUCGCUCGACAGCCUCUCUGCCACCAGAGCCUGUGGAUAUAAUCCGGAGUAUGUCAUGCUACCGGCGUGUCAAACUGAACGUAGGGGGUCUGCCGCAUGAGGUCCUGUGGAGAACCCUGGACCGACUGCCGCGCACACGACUGGGCAAGUUAAGAGACUGCAAAACCCACGAAUCACUCAUGGACAUAUGCGACGACUACAACCUAGAGGACAACGAGUACUUUUUUGACCGGCACCCCGGGGCGUUCACAUCUAUACUGAACUUCUAUCGCACUGGGAAGUUGCACAUGAUGGAGGAAAUGUGCGCCCUGUCCUUCAGCCAGGAGCUGGACUACUGGGGGGUGGAUGAGAUCUACCUGGAGUCCUGUUGCCAGGCACGGUACCAUCAAAAGAAAGAGCAGAUGAACGAGGAGCUCAAAAGGGAAGCCGAUACUCUGAAGGACCAGGAGGGCGAAGAAUUCGAUAAUACUUGUUGUUCAGAGAAGAGGAGGAAACUGUGGGAUCUACUAGAGAAACCAGGCUCAUCUGUAGCAGCCAAGAUCUUGGCCAUAAUUUCUAUUCUAUUCAUCGUGCUCUCCACUAUCGCUUUGUCUCUUAACACCCUCCCAGAGCUGCAAGACACAGACGAAUUUGGUCAGACAACUGAUAAUCCCCAGCUGGCCCAUGUGGAGGCGGUGUGCAUCGCUUGGUUCACCAUGGAAUAUCUUCUUCGCUUCCUUUCCUCACCAAACAAAUGGAAAUUCUUUAAAGGGCCUCUCAAUGUCAUUGACUUGCUGGCCAUCCUACCGUAUUAUGUCACCAUAUUCUUGACAGAGUCCAACAAGAGUGUGCUGCAAUUUCAGAAUGUACGGCGAGUGGUGCAAAUCUUUCGCAUCAUGCGGAUUUUGCGGAUCCUCAAGUUGGCACGUCACUCCACUGGUUUGCAGUCUCUGGGCUUCACGCUACGACGGAGUUACAAUGAGCUGGGCCUGCUUAUCCUCUUCUUAGCAAUGGGGAUCAUGAUUUUUUCAAGUCUAGUUUUCUUUGCAGAGAAGGACGAGGAUGACACCAAGUUCAAGAGCAUCCCUGCCUCAUUCUGGUGGGCCACUAUUACCAUGACCACUGUAGGAUAUGGGGACAUUUACCCCAAGACACUUCUGGGUAAGAUUGUUGGUGGUCUCUGCUGCAUAGCAGGAGUGUUAGUUAUUGCCCUACCUAUUCCCAUUAUAGUAAACAACUUCUCUGAAUUCUACAAGGAGCAGAAACGCCAAGAGAAGGCCAUAAAGAGACGUGAGGCUCUAGAGCGAGCCAAACGCAAUGGCAGCAUAGUGUCCAUGAAUGUAAGAGAGGCGUUUUCCCGUGGUGCAGAGCUUCUAGAUGUGGUGGUCAUGGACAAGGGUGAGAGAACCCAGGACAACCAUCUCUCACCCAGUCGAUGGAAAUGGUCAUCCAAGCGGGCAGCUUCAGAAACCAGUUCUAAUCGUUCCUUCAACCCAGACCAAGGUUCUCCUAGCAAGGCGAGAGCUUCUAGUCCACAAAGGCUUAAUGCACAGAAGCUAGAAGAGAUGUACAACCAGAUGGCAAAGACUCAGUCACAGCCCAACCUGAACGCCAAAGACAGAAAUUCAUCCAGAGCAGGCCAUAGAAGGGAUGAAAUUGAGCUGGGAGCCUUGCCAGGUCAAGGAGUUGACCCAAUGAUUGGGGGUCGUGAAGGGGUGGUAGACAUGAAAAGUUUGUCAAGUAUUGACAGUUAUAUCAGCUGUGCAACAGACUUCCAAGAGAACCCACGUUUCCCCUACAGUCCGGCAGGAGGUCUAUCCUUCCCAGAAAGCUCUCGGUUCUCCCACAGCCCUGUUUCUGGCCUCUCUGUUCGGGUCAGUGCUAAUCCAAGCCUGCAGACCACUUUGGAGCAUGAGACUAUGCUCACACCACCAUGUUCUGGUGCUAAACCUCUCAACAACAAGGGUUCAUGGCAACAAGGACUUCUUGGAAACUCUCAGAAAAUGCAUUCGGUUAGGGUGAAUCAUCGCAAUUGUGGGGAGGCCAGCCCAUCAGGUCGUCCUCUGUCUGAUAGCUCUAUUCUAUCUGACCACUCCAUCCUAAGCCCCGAGGUGUCAGUCUACACAACAGCCAGCAGCAGGACUCCACCUAAGACACCCGAGAGGAAGGCACUCACCCCUGCAGUCUUCACUUUUCACGACUCAUCUAUCAGCAAGUACAUCGAUGCUGACACAGAUGAUGAGGAGCUCUUGCGUGAAGGUGGCCCAUCGGAGCGUCUACUGACUGGCCUGAGCUCUAAGCCUCGGCUCAGUGGUUACCAGGGGGCAAGCAACCACUUGGAGGCUGCCCAAAGGCUACUAGGUCAGAACUGCCUGUUCCCACUGGGAAGUAGCCCAAUUGUUGGCCAUGAGAACCAUGUGGCUUCAGAGAAUUCACGAAGGCCUAAAGGGGACAGGGGACAUUCCAACACUUUUGAUAAGGGCCUCUGAGGCCUCAGGGUCGUGAGCUGGACUCCAGAGGAAAGAAGGCCAAGUUCAGUCAAAGCAAAGACUAAUGUACAAUGAAGAAUCAUUUUACAGGCACCUAACCAGGGGGCCUACCCUGGUGAGUUAAUGUGGGAAGGUUCACUGGAAAACAGUGGUCAUAUUACAUCUUUAAGGAACAGGAUCUUGAGGAUGUAACACUGCCUACACCUCUUGCCCUUUUUCCUCUUCUGUUAACAAGCCUGCAUUGGUGCAUUGCAGGGGUAAGAUAAAACAGAGCAGAUCUGGUCUACAGUUGAUUGCAAAAAAGCAUAAAUAGCUUGAGGCUGAAAACUUACCAGAUAUUUAAGCGCAGAUGUGUUAAAAUCAAGGUAAAUCAAGGAGGACAGUCCGCCACUGCCCACAUCAGCUAGUCACUGUCCAGGGCCCACCUCUUAAAGAUUAGCAUUAGAGACAUGUUAUACCCUGUUUACUAGUGCACCCAUCCCCUGUCUCCUAAUAAACUGGCCUUACUUAACUGCAGUUAUGGUUCUGCAUACAGUAUGAGUGUUUAUGUGCAAGCAUUUUUGAAAUAGGGAGGGCUGAUGGUAUGAUAAUGUGCACGAAUAAAAUAAUUAACAUUCCUGCACACAAGCUCACUCUAUAAAAUAUAUUGGUGUGUGAUUCUACUUGAUUGAUUUAUUUUUAUAUAGACAUGAAGAUUAUCUGUAGAAUACUGUCACACAUAUUUCUUGUGUCAUAUUCACCAGUAUACGAAUAAACCGUUAAUUGUUUCAUCAGAAGAGACCUAAAUCUGUUUAAAUUUACCUCCCCUCAUUUGCUUGUGUCAUCUUUAAGAUUUUUUUUCUAGUUUGGUAGAAUUUAAAGGGAUAGUUCACAAAAAAAAAGAAAAAGAAAAAGAAAAGAAUAUUCUGUCAUUGUUUACUUUGUCUCAUUUCAUUCCGGUGUGCUAUUUUUAUUCUGUGUAACACAAAAAAAUGAUAUUUUGAAAUAUAUAUAUCUUGUUUUGACCCAAAUUUUCUUCAAAAUAUUUGGUGUUCCAUAGAAUAAAGAAAUGUAUACAGGUCUGGAACAAUAAGAGGGUGAGUAAAUGACAGAAUUUUAUUUUUUGGGUUAACUAUCCUUUUAAAGUUCUAAAAGUGUUAUUAAAGAAAAUGACAGAAGAUGCAGUGCUUACAUGUGUAAUAUUUUCUUGCAAAAUAUGUUUAUGAUUGCAUAUUUUUUUAAUUAUGUUAAAAAUUAUGUAGCACAUGCGUAUUGACAUACCUCGCCCUGUUGUUACCAGAUAUUGGUAUAUGAUGGAAGGCUAGAAUAAAUCUGACCAAGAUAGAAACUACAGAAAAACGUCAGGUCAAUUUAAAAAUUCAGUUAGAAUUAACAAUUUCAUUGCAGUAGCUGCUGUGUCAAACACAAAUAUUUCUAAAUAUAAGAAUAAAUAUAUAUUUCUAAAAUAUUUUCUAGAUGAUCAUACAAAGUGAGGGAGAUGGUCUCAUACUUUUGCAUUGCCAGAGAGAAUGUUUAUUUUAAAAUAUUUUAUUUAAUAAAAGGUUUUAUGGGACCUUUUGUGUCCUUAGUUGUUAUUCAGGCUCAACACACACUAUGUGACCAAGAAGACCACCAGUUAAUCCCAAGCAUUUAUCCUUUUUGAUAGAGAGCUAUGUUGUACAAUACAUAAUGCAUGGCCAGGUUUACCUCCAAAUUUGAUACAAUCCUUUCACACUGCACAAACUUAAUAUCCUUGAAAGAUUAGAUCCUUAUCUCCAACAUUGCCAUCCUCAUCAUUCUUUAACCACAUGCAUACACAUAGUCCAGCAUGUAUUCACAGGUAUGUAGACAAUGUCCUGAAGACGACUAUAUCCAGUUUCCAUGGUGACCACAAGCCCUCCCUGCUAGUGCUCAUAUCCAAUUUGAAAACCAGGAUAGUGAGGGCUAAAUUAGAUCAAAAUCAUGCACUCAAUCGCAUCUGUGUCAACAAAUACAUCACUAAAAGUCACAUUGUCAGAAUGUACUUGUCUCUUAGAAUAUGUAUGUGUGUGCAUGUGUUAUCUGGGGAGUGUGAAAAUGAUGGGGGGAAACUCUGCCUCUCCUAAGACUUGUGAGUGUGUGUACGCUUCCAUCCUUGUCUCAACGAUUUUAGCUGAGUUGAACUGAGGUGUAAACGGAAUACCAAUUUUCUGCAAGAGAGCAGGAAGAGGGUGUGUAUGGGAGGAAGAUGAAAAAAUUAGAGGGAUCUUAACUCUCUCCUCAAUAAAGAAUAAUUUAUGAAUGUGUACUGCUUACUGUAAUGGUGGGAAAGGAAGCUGCUUUCUGAGUGCUUAAGUCCCUUGCUCUACUUGUGGUCUUUUAUGUGGGUAUUAUAUAAUAUCCAUGAUCUGUCGGGUGUAUGGUCCACAUUUAAUGCUCUGUUCAUUCAGUAGAUGCAUAUGGAGAGAACAUUAGUGCUAAAAUGUGACUUUACUAAAGUCAUUCAAAACUCUCUUUCCUUUAUCUGUUAGGCUGUGCCCUACGGUCAGUGUUAACCCUGUUUUUUUGUAAUGAUCCAUGGGUGAAUCUCACAAAGAAAUGUCUGACAUAUUUCACCCAAAAU